AUACACCUCAAAUUCCCAGAAAGCACUUCGGUAAACAUCGACGUCACGGCUUUGCGGAAGUACUUAAAUCAGUGAAUUGUUAUUUUUUUUUAACAUUGACAGUCACAUUCAUUCUGUAGAACUGAUAUUUGAUUAUAGGCUUUAGUAAGCGUUAUGGCAGCUCUAAAGUACGCAGGUAUGGAUGACACAGAUAGCGAAGAUGAAUUGCCCCCUGGAUGGGAAGAGAGGUCUACUAAGGAUGGAUGGGUAUAUUUCGCAAACCAUGAUGAGAUGAAGACCCAAUGGGAACAUCCUAAAACUGGGAAGAAGAAAAGAUGUGCUGGAGAUUUACCAUAUGGAUGGGAACAAGAAACGGAUGAAAAAGGACAAGUGUUUUAUGUUGAUCACAUUAACAAGCGGACCACCUAUUUCGACCCCCGGCAAGCCUUCACCGUAGAGGAUGUGGUGCUGAAGCCCAAGAGAUAUGAUGGGAACACUGCCGCCCUUGAGAUCCUGCAAGGUCGUGACCUUUCUGAUAAGGUCAUCCUCAUAACUGGCGGCAACUCUGGAAUCGGGUUUGAGACGGCCAAGACCUUUGCGCUGCACGGAGCCCAGGUGAUCCUGGCGUGUCGGAACCUGUCCAAGGCGAGGAAGGCCAUCGACCUCAUUCAGCAGGAGUGGCACAAGGCCCGGGUGGAGGCCAUGAUGUGUGACCUGGCCUCGCUGCGCGGCGUCCGGGAGUUCACCGAGGCGUUCAAGGCCAAGAGCAUCCCUCUGCACGUCCUUGUCUGCAACGCGGCGGUGUGCACCCAGCCGUGGCGUCUGACGGAGGACGGGCUGGAGUCCACCUUCCAGAUCUGCCACCUGGGCCACUUCCUGCUGGUGCAGGGGCUACAGGAAGUCCUGCGGCGGUCAGCGCCCGCCCGCGUCGUCGUGGUCUCCUCCGAGUCCCACAGGUUCACCGACCUGGUCGACUCCUGCGGCAAGGUGGACCUGGAGCUGCUGUCCCCGGCCCGGAGCAGCUACUGGUCCAUGCUGGCCUACAACCGGGCCAAGCUCUGCAACGUGCUGUUCAGCGCCGAGCUGCACCGACGGCUCUCCCCGCACGGCGUCUCCUGCAACGCCGUGCACCCUGGGAACAUGAUGUACACGGCGAUCCACCGCAGCUGGUGGCUCAUGACCCUGCUCUUCACCCUGGCCCGGCCCUUCACCAAGUCUAUGGUAAGGGUCGUCUCUUGAGCGUCGUCCAGUCACCGGUCGGGGGUCGCUUCCGCUGUCUGUUUUGUCGGCCAUUGUUCGGUUGUCGUCGCUUCGAUUGUUACUCCCGCCGGGAGGAUGAAUUUCGGUCGCCGUGAUGAAAGAGUUUUUUGAGUUUUUAUCUGUGGGUGCGUGCAUUUUUAACAUGCACGUGUUUGUGUGUGUGUGAGUGUGAGUCUGAGGACAGUGACUUGGCGUGUUUGUUCUGGCUCGUUUCAGAGAGAGAGAGAGAGAGAGAGGCUCCCCUCUCUCACUCAGAUAGAGUGUGUGUGUUAGCGUGUUUGUUUUCAUUCCCUCUCGGAGCCCCCCCUGUCCCUCUGUGUUUAACCCU